GCACAACAAGGGCUUCGCUAGGAAACUACGGCACGUAGGGGCGGGUUCCCGAUUUUUUUUUAUGACGGUACAUAAGCAGGUAGAAUGACAUUUUUUAGGUCAAUGUUUCGGUGGGUUCAUUGAGAUAUAAUAAGAACGGGUAGGUUACCGGGAGUUUAGUGCAUAUUAUCCUGCAUGUGAAUUGAUGGUAAAUCGGGGCAUUAGUUGUGAUAUGUCAGGCAGUCGUCGAAUGAGGUGUCAUCUGAUGCCUACAGUAAGAUAGCGCACGUUGUAGGCUAAAGCUAGUAUACCAAUAUAAUUGUGUUUCAUAAGGGAAUUGAGUUGUCCAGAUUGUCUGUAGCCUAUUUGGUUUAGACAUUUUAGUCGUGCGGCUAUUAUAUAUUUCCUGCUAUAGGCUUUGUUCAUAAUAUUCAGUAUUAUCCUACUGAUUUAUUCUGUUAUAAAGAUUCUCGUCACAUUUAGCCUAUUGAUUAAGCUUAACAUUCGACUGUUAUCUGUUAGUAAGUGGCAUAAUAGCCCAUAACUUAAUUGAAAUUGUUGGUGAGAGUUAAGACUAUUACACUUUACAAUGGGAGUGGGGUCCGAAAAGACAUCAUCCACCACCAAGGCGGUCUUCAAAGAGGAGACUGCUAUUGCUUUGAAAGCACCCUUAAACGUAGAUGCUAUGUUAUCAAAGAAAGUGGGGCACGCGACAGCAGAAAGAGCCACCUGGGGUUGCCGCAUUGAGUUCGUCCUCGCGUCAGUGGGGUACGCGGUGGGACUUGGGAACGUGUGGCGCUUUCCAUACCUCUGCUACAGGAGCGGUGGAGGUGCCUUUCUCAUUCCUUACUUUCUGAUGCUGUUUCUGUGUGGCAUCCCCCUUCUCUUCAUGGAGUUUGCUAUUGGGCAGUACACCCGUCUGGGACCGGUGCAUGCUCUAGCCACAAUCUGCCCCUUGUUCAAAGGUGUGGGCAUUGCCACAGUUGUGAUCUCCUUUGUGCUCUGCACCUACUACAACGUUCUUAUGAGCUGGGCGCUCUACUACUUCUUCAACUCAUUCCGAGCCAUCCUCCCCUGGCAGACCUGCAACAACACCUGGAAUGCCGUGGGUAACUGCUCCAGCGGUUUCCCUGGAAAUGCCACCCACCUGCAAUCAGCCAGUCAGCAGUACUUUGAUCACAGGCUUCUGGAGAUAACCAACGGUAUUGAGGAUGCAGGAGGACUACGCUGGGAGCUGUUUGGCAUCCUCAUCCUGGCCUGGGUCAUUGUCUACUUGUGCAUCUUUAAAGGCGUCAAAUCCACUGGCAAGGUUGUUUAUUUCACAGCCACGUUCCCAUACUUCAUUCUGUUGGCCUUGCUCAUCAACAAUGUCCAGCUUCCCGGGGCCAAGAAUGGGAUGCUCUACUUCCUGAAGCCAAAGUGGAGCAAGCUGCUUGAAGUUCAGGUGUGGGUUAACGCUGCAGCCCAGGUAUUCAACUCCAUUGGAAUUGGAUUUGGCUCCAUGAUCUCCAUGGCCAGUUACAACAAGUUCAACAAUAACAUCCUUAGGGACACAUUGAUUGUCUCUUUAGCUAACUCGGCCACCAGUAUCCUGGCUGGCUUUGUGAUAUUCUCAGCAAUCGGCUACAUGGCUCAUAUCCACAACCUCCCAGUGGACAACAUCGCCACAGAUGGUCCUGGCUUGGUGUUUGUGGUGUAUCCAGAGGUCUUCUCCACUAUGCCUCUGCCACAGUUGUGGGCUCCUCUGUUCUUCUUCAUGCUUCUCUGCCUGGGACUGGACAGCCAGUUUGCCAUGGUGGAGGUGGCGGUGACGUCCAUAAUAGACGGCUUCGGCCCUAGGGUGCUGCGUGUCCUUAAGAGACAGGAGGUCAUCGUUCUGGCCGUCUGUGUUAUGGGCUUCCUUCUAGGCAUUCCUCACAUCACUAAGGGGGGCAUGUAUGUGUUCCAGCUUAUGGACCACUACACUGCUGUGGUGUCGCUCAUGUUCUUGUCCUUCUUUGAAGUCAUCGCUGUCUGCUGGGUUUUCGGACUGCGACGGAUUACCAUCAUGAUCAAGAGAAUGUUGGGAAAGGCUCCCAACAUCUAUUUCCGCUCCUGCUGGAUGGUCUUCUCCCCUGUGCUGGUCCUGUGCAUUCUGAUCUCCAGCAUCAUCCAGUACACGCCAGCUCGCUAUGGGAAGUCAUACACAUACCCUGUCUGGGCAGAGGUGGUGGGCUGGGGAAUCUCCCUGGUCUCCAUCGUGUGGAUCCCUCUGGGAGCCCUGCAAGAGAUCUGCAGAAAUAAGGGCUCACUGCUGCAGAGAAUAAAAACAGCUGUGACUCCUACAAUAGAGUUGGAUCCUGUCAACCAUCUGCCAGAGGAGCAGAGCGAAGACACACCGGAGUCUGUUUCCUUGUUUAUCAUCACUCCUCUGUAAACACAGCCAGUAUGUCUAAGUGUUUGCGUGCGUGAGUCAGUGUGACUGUGAGUGUUCUAUUGGGAUGGGGAGGUGUGGGUUGUUAGGUAGUUUAGAGUUUAUGUAAAUAGCUUUUUUAUGUAUUUUACCCUUGUCCCUCUGGUAAUCUCUUCAACCAACUCCUCUCCCCCUGGACAUAACAUAUUUUGUCUCCGAAUUUGAUUUUGAAUUCCAUGACCUCAAUGGUCCAGAUAGAUCUUUGGCUGAGUAACUCUUUGAACCAACAUCGCCAUCUUGUGGCUGUUUCAAAGUUUUUAUUCACACCGUGAGGUUCAUUUGAGGCUCAUGUGAAUAGUGAACUCAGCGAUUGACUGAACAACCACCAGGCUGGUCUAAUAUAGGAACAUGCAUAUGAUAUUUAUUCCUCUCCUAGAAAGAUAAUAUGCAAUUAGAUGUAUGGCGGUUAUAUGUUGUGCCUUUUACUGAUAACUAAGGAGAGGAAGCACUGCAGUGUUGCCAUGACCAGUGGUGUAAAGUAUUUCAGUAAAAAUACUUACGUUUUGUUUUUUGGGUAUAUGUGCUUUACUUUACUUUGACAAAUUUUACUUUUACUUCAGUACAUUCCUAAAGAAAAUGAUGUACUUUUUACUCCAUACAUUUUCCCUGACACCCAAAAGGUCUCGUUACAUUUUGAAUACAGUACAUAGCAGGACAGGAAAAUGGUCUUGUUCACACACUUAUCAAGAGAACAUCCCUGGUCAUCCUUACUGCCUCUGAUCUGGCGGACUCACUAAACACAUGCUUCAUUUGCAAAUUAUGUGUUGAUGCGUGCCCCUGGCUAUCUGUAAAUUAAAAUUAAAAUUAAAAAGAAAUUGGUGCCAUCUGGUUUGCUUAAUAUAAGGAAUUUUUAAUUAUUUAUACUUUUACUUUAAAUUUUGAUACUUAAGUAUUUUUUAACAAUUACAUUUACUUUUGAUGCUUAAGUAUAUUUAAAACCAAAUACUUUUAGAUGUUUAUUCAAGUAGGAUUUUACUAGGUGACUUUAACUUGAGUCAUUUUCUAUUAAGGUAUCUUUACUUUUACUCAAGUAUGACAAUUGUGUACUUUUUCCACCAGUGGCCAUGACAUCUGUUAGUGGGGAAAGUCCAGGGUUCUGUCAUUAUUCAUCUGCUUUAUUACACUUGAAUGGACAUGGUAUCAUUGAAGUCUUAAGGGUUCUGGUUGGAGUUUUCUAUUUGAAUUGCUCUGCCACAGUCUGGGCCUUUGUCGUAUGUCAUGUUUGUUUGCAACAAUGACAAUUGGAGCUCAGCAUUACCAGGUGUGCCUUUAGUCAUUAAAAGAUCCAAUGACAUUGGAAGUGGCAUUGGACUAUACGACUGAAUUUACAAUGGGGUCUCUUUGGAGGGGUCACAGAAAUAUAUAGACGGGUGGGUUGUUUAGCAACAAAACCAAUGCAUGCGCAACUGUGGAGCAAAACAGUCAGGUUGACUUAGAAUCAAAGGAUUGUUGACAACAUGUCAACUAUAUUUCCUCUCCAAAUCUUUAUUGAAAACAUAAAUACAUUUGCACAAUGAGCACUUGUUGUCUCUCAAAUACAUUGUUACAUUUGUAAUUUUAGCCAUAUUAGCAUAGACGUGACAAGAGUAAAACACCUCAAAAUAAGAUAUGGUAUCAAUACACAAGGAUCUAAAACGAGCUUCUUGUCAUUGUUGCUAGCUAUCUGACCGUCCAAAAUCAUAACAACACACAGACUUCUGCCCCAUCGACACGCGUGUGUAAUUUGUGACGUUGUCAUCUAACCUAUUUAUAAGAUCAAUUUGGUAUAGUGACUAAGUGUAGAUAACUUUGCCACUGGCCUUGUGCCCUGUAUCAACAUUUUUCAUUUUUUUGCAUGAUCAAUAUUUGAUGAAGAUACCCCCCAAAAAAUAUCAUAGAGUAUAUCACCAACCCAGGUUGAGUAUAAUUUACAAAUGCACAAAAUAUAUAUUUUAGAGGCGUGUUUACUCUCUUUUGAUAUAAAACAAGAUCCUAUUCAGUUUAGUGAGCUGUUAAGAGUGUAUUUUGUGCAUGUUUGUUUGACAAACGGCAUUUUGUUUUCACAAAUUACAGUGAGUAAAUGUGGGAAGGUGUUUCACCUGUGCUGGCCCAGGUGCCAGUGGUCUUGAAAGACGUAAAGGUUUAACACCUCUAAUUUGGGCUCCUUAGUUGAGUUCGAGACGAACAAUACUUUAUCUGAUCUUACCUGUUUUUUUGUUUUGCUCCACCUUUUUGGUUUGUGUCCUGUCUUUAAGUUUGGUGGGUUUUUCUUUUUGCUUGCCUCUUCUUGGGCAAAUUUAGUGGGCACUUAUGAUGGAUGGACAGUGGACACCCCCAUGGACAGUGGACACCCCCAUGAGUGUCUUUCAGAAACGACUCCUAAAAUCCCACCUGUUUUGGUUGUUGUCAAUGACUCUUUGUAAGUUCCCGCUUCUGUUUGAGCGACAUUAUUUGGUUUUCUUUCUGGGGAAUGUAAAAGUAUACUUUCUCUCUGGAUGGUUUUCUUUUAUAGAUAAGGAUUUCACCUGGAUUCCUUGUUCCUUAUACUCUAGCAAUGGUGUCGGAUCAGAGAUUAGUAGACAUAAUGUUGAAAACAUGUUGAAUCUUUGUUAUAUUGGCAUCUCAAAAUAUUUUAGUUUUAGGUUUCUGCUGCUUAUUCUUUUUAAUUGUUCUCAUGUACCUUACAAUUAGACCAAAUAUUUACAUGUAUUUUAAAAUGUAGUUGUUUUUGUAUCAAGCAAAAGGGUUUAUGGAAUAACAAACACUAUUUCUGCAUUAACUCUGUGAUGCCUUUUAAUGGUAUAAAUCAGGGGUGUCAAACUCAUUUCGCAUCGUGGGCCACAUACGGCCUAGGGAGAUGUCAAGUGGGCCGGACCAUUAAAAUUAUACCAUACUCUGCUAUAAAUAACCAAAAUAUCAUGUCUUUCCUUUGUUUUGGUGUAAAGAAGCACAAGAACAUUAGGAAAAUAUUGAAAUUUAAUGAACUAUCUUUUUACAAAACAUUUCAUGAAACACCUCAUAUUUCCUUAGACAAAUGUGCAAUUUACUUUUAUCAUUCACAAAUAUGCAUUGCAACUGAUCCCACUGAUUGUACAAAGGCACAAAACUUUAAUUGGUACUGAAAAAUAUAGUAAUGCACUUUAAGAUUAAAUGAGACUUUUAAAGAAAGGAAUUUUUAAACCACUUACACAUACGCAUAUAAAAUCUAAAUGUAAUCCCUGCGUACACCUUACAAACUAAGGAGAGUGAUUUUAAAUGUGUAAUGAAGAAAGUGUUCGCCUGUCCUGUAAAUCUGUAAACUUCAUACAUGAAACAUACAUACACAUACAAUACAUACUGAAAAUUUAUGGAGUUGUAUGAACAGUAGAAUUCCAUCACACAACUGUUGUUUUGAAGCUGCUGACUAACAUUAAAGUGCACAUUUUUUAAAUCACCACAGUAAGGAUUCAUCUUCACAGAGCUGUAUUCUUUGAAUGCAAACAGUAUCUAAGGCAGCAUUUUAAAGGUGUUAGUCUAGUCUGGACUUGUAUUUGUUCCUGAAACUUGGCAUCUUUUGGCCUGUACAAGUGCAUCAACACCAGGUGUCAUGUCCUGACUAGCUGUCACUUUCAGAAUGUCAUUUAAGUGCUUGUUUGUGAGCCUUGAACGCAUUUUUGUUUUAUUGAUUUUCAUCACUGAGAAAAUUUGUUGACUUGCCCCUGGCUUCUCGGCUCUGGAUGAAAGUUGACUGUUGUUUCCUCAGACCCGCCAGCAAUUCGUUAAUCUUAUCUCUUCUCAGUUGUCCUUGCAAGCCGUCAUAUUUUUCGCUGUGAUGAGUCUCGUAGUGGCGUCGAAUAUUAUAUUCCUUCAAUACCGAAACUUGUUGCAAACACACCAAGCACGAAGGUUUUCCGUGCAUCUCUGUAAAUAAAUAGGACGUGGUCCAUUUUUCUUUGAAAAUUCUACACUCCUUAUCUACUUUUCUCCGUUUGGAUAACGACAUUUUGGCUAAUGAGGGUGUAGCGGAGAGGUAGAGACCAAGGUAUUAACAACGUCGUAACAAGCAGCAGAUGGCGCAUUGAUACCGUCUGCUGUUUUCAGUCUGUCUCAGUGAUGCGGCUUGUCUUCUACUCUGAUGGAAAGAGUGCGCCCCUUAGCGGAUAAUCCAUGAAUUGCAGCGAAUUAAAAAUAUUAAUUCCAUGUCUUUUAUGCAUUUUUUCCACUUUCAAAUUAUCCUGCGGGCCUGAUCGAACCUCCUUGGGGGCCGGUUCCGGCCCGCGGGCCGUAUGUUUGACACCCCUGGUAUAAAUGUUUAUGCUCAUUAUGCUUUUGAGAUAGCAACUGUCUCCUUUUGAAAUUUUACACAAGUUUGAUUUGUUUCUUUCUUACUCUCUUAAAAAAAAUCUGAAACGUGUUUAUUGUACAGUGGUAUGUGUCAAUAAAGAACAUUAUUGCCAAAUA